AUGGAACUUUCUGGGCAGCUGAAUCCUUCGACUGCAUCCGUCGAGUGUGCAUGGAACCCCGGGUUUUUUAAGCGGUGUAAGCCAAGCACAUACCAGAGAGAAAACGAACACCACGUACGCGAAUUGUAUGAAUCCACGGACCGAAACGGAAACUUGAUUAGGAUAUUUAUGAAGGACUCGCGAGAGGCAGAGAGGUACUCCAAUCAAGCUGAUCUGGUGGUGAAUUUCUGUGAGAAUGUGACUCUCGCCCGACUAGAAAGUGGCAGCGACCCUGAGAUUCUGCGCCCCAAUACCUUGAUGGACGAUAGAAAGCAAGAUCUAUACGGUGAAGUUGGCGAAGUGGGGCUUUGCCGUCGAGCUAGGGGUCCAUUUGGCCCAUACGGACUCUACCUAGAACUCCAAAAACCGCGGUACACACCGAUUGAUAUGUCACGGGACUCUCAAGGUCCCAGCGCAAAUAUUGAUUCCCUCUCACUACCUGACGCCGAGAGGAGAAUAAUAUACAUCACUGACGUCACUGCAUGGUCUAUACUGGCCAUCGUGGCUACUGCGUCCUAUAACCAAGCUGUGUUUUUACGAGGAUUUGUCUAUAACCAUUUGAGCUUCACCACUUCGGUUGGCGUGAUAAUCGCAACUGGGUUUCCGAAGUAUGCUCUUGAAUUUCAUCUCCCCUUCUACGCCUGGAGGAAAGGAUCUGCGCCGUUCGUAGAUUCCAGAAAGGAUGACAGCGGCAGAAGCUUACGCCAGGUCCGGUGCAUUGACUUCUUUGAGGAGAAACCCCCUGGGAAUGAGCAUUCCUCAUGUGAAGAGCAUAUAUACCAAGCUCAGGUUUCCUUUCUCGUGGCGGGGUUGGACAAUUCGUCGUAUGUAUCAUAUUGCUUUCUCGACACAUACCAGGACGGGCCGUACAAUGAUGAAAGUGUAUCCACCUACUACAGCCAGUCGACCGCUCCUGGAAGUAGAGCUAUGGAUCCAGCUAGCGGAGGCAAGAUCCCUUCAAGUCCCCCCUUCUGGCAACCACGGGUCUACUUCUUGCGGGUGCUAGAAUAUAGAAUGGAAAUGGUGAAGGACGAGUGGAUCAAUGUUGUGACGAUGAUCAGACAGAAGAUGCAUCCAUAUACGCAUGGAUACUCGUUAUCGAGGCAUAUUCAAGAAGCACUGGAGACCAAUAAGCGAGUGGAGAAGCUGCAAAGAUUUUACGAUUGGACGCACAGUACUAUUCGGCUACUACUGGACCUUAUUCACACACUUAGCAAGACCGUGGAUGCGUGGAGUGAGUUUUAUCACACCGAGCUGGGAUAUUUCCUCAACGGCCACGCACAAAGAGAAGCACAAAUAGUAUCGAUAUCCAUCUCGACCACUCGAAAACAUGUAAACGAGUUGAGGAACUUGCUCAAAGAGCUACAGAAUCAAGAAAGUCUCUGCAAUAACAUUGCUAGAGAGCUCGAGUUGCACCUUGCACUUGAAGAUAACAAGUCAACUCUGAUACAACUUCGAACGGGAGAGAAUGUCAAGGCCAUUACGAUUUUGGCUCUGUUGGUAUCUCCCCCAAGCGUGACUGCAGCCAUCUUCAGCAUGGAUGGAGAUAUUCUUCCCUUUGCCCCAAGUAUAUGGAGCUACUUAUUAACAACGCUAGUUCUGGCUUUGGUCCUCUUGGGAGUACUGGGACUGCUGAUUCACCGGUCGUGGUGGAGGGCAAAUAGAGUGCUUAACCGAUUUCAGGUUGAGACAGUCCCCUUCUUCACGAGUCGUACCGGUCGGCGGCACCUCACGGCCCACUCAUCGCCUGUGGAGGACAUUGUCAGCGCUUAUCAGGAUGACGUUGAGAUGGGUGAUUUAGGGGAAGCCGUUAGAGCUGAAAGCAUGUACUGA